AUGCCUUUUAUAGAUUUUGUAUUGCAUCUUUUUAAUUCCGACAAUUUGCUUGAUAUAGAAUCAAUUCAAGACCUUAUUUCAUCAAAAAAUCUAUCAGAUAUAAAUUCUGUUCAACAGAUUAUAAAGUCCAAAAAUCUAGAUGUAAAUUCUGUACAAGACCUUAUUGAUUUCAAGAAUUUAUCAGAUGAAAACUUUGUACGAGAACUUAUUAAUUCUCCAUUUAUUCGAGAAGACGGACAAAGCUUAGCAGAAGUUUUCUUUGAAGAAUACAAUGAUUUGAGAAAAUCUCUUUCUAAAAACGUUAAAAAAUUUCUGAAAGAUGAUUCUCUCGUUCGACAAUUAAAACUUUACUUUAGCGAUAAAUUUAGACAAGAGCAACAAAAAAUUGAAUCUCGUGAAUUCAAUAGAAUUUGUAAUGUAAUAGAAGAAAAGUAUCAAAAUAAUGGAACUAUGCAGAUGAAGAUAUUGGGCAUAGCAGUAUAUAACUUAUACUCUAAUGAUUUUUCGUCAUGUGAUUCUUUCUUAUUCAAUCAUAAGCUUGAAUCGGAUACUUUUCAUCUUCGUAAUGAAGAGCAUUAUAUUCCAAAUCCAACUUUGCUUUCAUAUAAUUAUUUUGGUCCAUUUGGCGUAACUUUGCAGAUUAAUCCUGCAAUUUACGAUUUCAAAAAAAUAUCUCAAUUUGAUAAUCGCAAAUUUCUUCUUGUGCUUUACAAUAAAACAAACCAACAAAUUGAGUUAUUCUUUGAUACUGCUCAACGGUUAGCAAAAAAUUUUAAAGCAUUCAAAACAUUAAAUAUAGACGAUAAUUUUCUUAUUGCAAUUAAUGAGCCAAUGGAAUUAAUUGCAAUAUAUAAUACAAAUAAAGUUGUGUUAAAUGUAUAUACUUUUAACGAUGGACAAAAAUAUUUAUAUGCUCGAAAUCCAAAUGUCCUGUUAAAACAAUGGUACAAUAAUUUGGUUCCAAAUCUUCAGCAUUUAUUUUUUAUUAAAGAUACCGAAGAACUUUGCUUUGUUGAAAAAGGUGGUCGGGCACGUAUCUUCAGUCUUAUUAAUAAGCAAUUUCGACCAGCGGUUUGUAGUUUUCCAUCAAAUACUGCAAAUGUUUUAAGUUCACCCGAUGGAUCAUGUAUUGUAGCGUUUGUAAAAGAAAAAUUAGAGUAUCAUAGCGUUACAGAAAUCAAGGUUGAUAAUAAUAAUAAGAUUAGCCAUGUUACUGAUGACACAGAGAAUUUUAAUAAUGUACAACAAAAUAAUUCUAUCGAUGCCAACAACGUUAAAGAAAUAUGCCGUGCUUAUGUUUAUUUUUGCACAAAUUUUGGCGGUUCAGUUAAUAAAGUUGUUGACUUACCAUCAAAUCUUCAAUCCCUGGAAUACUUGCAAUUUACUUGUAUUAAUAAUUUACAAACUCACUUGAUGUCAUUUGAUUUACAAAAUGGAUAUUUUAAUUCCUUAAUAGCUAACAUAACCCUCGAAAAAACUCAAUAUCGUUUCCAAAAACGAAUGCAAAAACAGUCAAUUGGACGUGUGAGGUUAAUUGAUUCUAUUAUCGAAGGAGAGUAUACACGCUUUAAAGAAAUCGUUGAUAAUGGAGAGUUUAUAGUGUUAAUGGGAGAAAGAUUUAGUGUGAUUGAUGUUAUUUCUGACACAAAGUUAAAAAUUGCUGGUAAUUUCAAAACUAUAAGUGGAUUUGAUAACUGGAUGGAUUUCCGCAUUGAACCAAAAUCCAAAUUAAAUGGUCUCGUCGAUGCCUAUAAAUUAACAUUUGAGAAAUAUCCAGUUGACAGUUGCAUUGAUCCUGAGCAAAAUCGUCCACUUAAUUUGAAGAUAGUACUUGAUAUCGAAAAUAGAGAUAUAAUAGAUGAAUAUGAAGAGAAAUUUGAGGAAUACAUUUCUGUAAUCUUUGAAAAUUUGAAGAAUUCCACAAAAAAGCCCUCAACUCUCCUAAAUAGAUUCUCUACAUCAGUCAUUACUUUCACUGAACUCGAUAUUAAAAAUGUAAUCUUUCAAAAGUAUUCAUCAGAAUAUAAAUUAGGAGAUUGGAUUAUUCAACUUUGUUGUUUAAUUCCUAUACAAAUUGCUGUAGCAAGUAAUAACUUUUUUCAACCUCUUAGGGAUGGAUUGUCUUCAAAUGUUGAAUUUGAUGGUCAUCAUGUUAAUAAUAAUGCAGAAAACAUUUCGUUUGGAUGGUAUGAAGGAAUUUUCAAACAUUUCAGUGAUAAAAAAGUAAAAGUUGUUUCUAGCAUGGGUGAACAAUCAUGCGGAAAAUCUUUCAUGCUAAAUCAUCUUGUUGGAACUUCGUUUGAUGUCUCUGCAAUGCGUUGCACUGAGGGUGUAUGGAUGUCACUAGUUAAUACCAAAUCAUAUCUUUAUGUCGCACUCGAUUUUGAAGGUUUAAAUUCUCUGGAGAGAAGUCCUCAAGAAGUAAAUAGAGAUAUUUCUUCAAUGUUCCAGAGAUUUCAAGGCGGUGCAAUGUUAUUUGAAAAAGAUCCAAAAUUAUUUCAGGCAAAACUUUGUAUUAUAAUAAAAGACGUACCUGAUGCCGAUAGUGAUGGCAUUCAUCAAGAAUUUCGGUUAAGAUUUUCUCAAUUGGUUUCAGAUGAAGGUGAAGAUAAUUUCAUCUCAAGAAUGUAUCAAGGUGGAUUGGAUAUUAUUCCUUGGCCAAUUUUUAAUGACUCUGCGUGGUUUAAGACUUUAUCAAAAUUGAAGCGUAGGCUAGAUAAGCAGGAAGCCAAAUAUGACAAUGCAAGAACUUUCCUACGAAAUACAAAAGUACUUAUGGCUAAAUUAAAAAUUUGUGAUUGGGGACCGUUAGAUGAAAACCUCAUACAAAUCCGUGUAGUAGCAUUAAAAAGUUUAUUAAUAAAUGCAAUUUCUUAUGGUUUUGAGCAAGAUGACUCUGAACUUAUGAAUCAUGAAACUGGAACACCGAUUGAUGACCCAAUAUCAAAAAUAUCUGAUAUUUUCCAUGACUUCAAAGAUUCCGAUCGAAUAUUACCGGAUUCUGGCCUCCAAUUAUAUGGUGAAUAUGAAUCUUUUGUCAAACUGUCUGAAGAUUUAAGAGAUUACUUCGAAGAAAAUUUUCAACCGCGAAAAGAUACACCUGAUGAUGCCAAAUGUUUUGCUCAAGAUUGGUAUAUGCAAAAUACAGCCAAGUUUUCUCAACAAAAUAAGCAAAACGGUGACAUUGUUAACGGCAAGUAUGCAAUGGAGCAAGAAAUAAGCAAACUUAAACUUUUAUGGACAUUGUGUGGUUUAACAUGUCAUAAUUGUGGUUUAAAAUGUGUUAAUAAUCGUGACCACAAAGAAAAUCAUGAUUGUUUGACAGAUCAUAAGUGCCAUUUUCUUUGCCACUUCACUGAAGUUCACAACGAAACAUCAAUUCCAACAUGUAAUUAUAUAGCUGGACAUGAAGGUAAACAUGCUUGCAAUGAAGCGAAUCAUUUGUGUGGUGAAUCAUGUAGUCUUAUCGAUAAGCGAAACUGCCAACAAGUUUGCUCAAAAGAAAUCGGACAUGUUGAUGAGCAUUUGUGUCAAUCUUCACGUCAUUAUUGUGGUGAAACUUGUUCAUUAUUAACGAUAACUCAGAAAGGAGAUUAUCAUUGUCUUAAUAAAUGCAUUAUACCAUAUGAAGAACAACAUGAUUCACACCGCUGUGAAAAUGAGGCGUGUCCGAUUCAAUGUCCAAUCUCAGAUUGUCAGAGAAAAUGUCAAAGCAGUGAUCAUUUUCACUCUGAUUCUAAUUCGCAAGUGGACCAUUUUUGUGGAAAUGAGCAUCAAUGUCAAGAAUUAUGCGCAGUUGAUGGUAUUUGCAAAGUAAAACUUGAACCCAAGAAACAAGAAGAGGUUUAUCAAGGAUUAAUUGAAGAAACUUCUAUUACAUUUACUAAGUAUAUUCAAUUAAGUAAAAGAUUGAAAUGUAACAUGAAGAUUCCUCCAAAUGAAUUUAAACAUACUGGAAAGCAUACGCAUCUUACAAAUGAUAACCUUACACAAGAAGAUGGUUUUCAUUUUUGUGAUUGUACUUUACCCUAUGGGCACACACAAAUACAUAGCACAACACAUGGAAAUAUGACACAAACUGAGUUCACUAAUGAAGAUAAUGAAUUUGAAUAUGCAGGGUAUUAUUUAGGAAGACACCGUCAUAUCGAUUAUUGUCAAAGUUCAGUUAUUUGUCAAGGACAAGAUAUCCAGCAUAUUGAUGAACAAGUACAACCUAAUCCUAGUAAACCAAAAGAUUUCAUUUCUCACAAAUUGUUCUGGCAAAGAACAGAUCCUUAUUCUGCUCAAGAACAACAAGAAUUUACGAAAUGUGAUCAUGAAUGUGCUGAUGAAAAGCAUCGCAAACCUAAAAGAUCUACAAGCGUAUCACUAACUAAAUCAUUUUGUGAAUUAUCACUUUUUCAUGCUCCGCUUGAUUCACAUUCUAAUCCUCCAAAUGAUAAUGGAUAUAUAUCCUUGGAUGGGCAUCAUUUUAACUGUGAGAAUCCAAGUACACGUGAAGCCGCUUUUCAUAUUAUCUUUGUCUUGGAUCGUUCAUCAUCUAUGGAAAAUCAAGAUAAAAAACCAAUUCACAAUUAUUCAAUUUCCAAUUAUCUAAAGUUCCGGAAUCAUAAUAAUAGGCUUGGCGCAGUCUAUCAAGCAGUUAUCGUUCCGUUUGAGAAUCAAGAACUAUCAAAUCCGAAGAUAUUGUUAGAUAAAAUGACUGAACACCAACCUCUUGGUGGAACACGUUUCGAACUCGCAAUUCAGAAAGCUGGAUCUUUGAUUACAUCUCAUUAUGACCCCGCAAGAACAAAUAUUAUUAUCUUCUUAUCUGAUGGAGAAUGUAAUACUCCAGAAAAGCAGCUUCGUGAUAUCUGUAAAGAAAAUCAAACAAUUAGAACUCCAUUAUAUCUAUAUACAGUAUUAUUUAGCAGCGACUCAGGCAUUUCCUCCUUAAAAGAAAUGGCGACAAUCGCGCAAACUUAUCACGUUAAUGCUAUAUCAUCCGGUGGCUUGCACUGUCAAUUUACUCAAGCGAUCAAUGAGAUUAAUUUAGUAGAUCAUUUUAUUAACGUAGCAGAAAGUUUAAGAAAACAUAAGCCGACUUUGUUAAAGAAGGAAUUUAUUUUAUAA